AUGUCAGAACAAAUUAUAGACCGUCCAAAAUCAGAACUUACUAAAGAUGAAUUAGACCAAUUAGAAGAAUUUGAAUUCAAACAUGGCCCAAUGUCACUUAUUAAUGACUCUAUGUUAACAAAGACUCCAGUAAUAAUAUCAUUAAGAAACAAUCAUAAAAUAAUAGCACGUGUGAAGGCCUUUGAUAGACAUUGUAAUAUGGUACUUGAAAAUGUUAAGGAACUAUGGACAGAAAAGAAGGGUAAAAGUGUCAUUAACCGAGAAAGAUUCGUAAGUAAACUAUUCUUAAGAGGUGAUUCUGUUAUUGUUGUUUUAAAACCACCUCUUGAAUAG